AUCUGAUUUAAUAAGUUUAUUUGGAAGUUCGCAUGUGUUGGUGGCGUUGAUAUGGCAACCAGAAGGGCGUGCACAUCAACUUAGUGUCAGAGAGAAGCAACAAGCGAUGACAGUGCGCGGCAUAGAGGCAAUCAAAUUGUACAUGCCAAAGGCAAAGGGCGACGCAUCAGAGAUCAAAACAAACAUUCGCGAGGAGCGGGGUCAAGCCAUUGAACCUGGACCCCACGCAGCAGCAAGUGGCAGCACAAUGACCUCCGUGGAGCGGUAUAGACUGGAGUGGACGCAGCUGCUGUCCAAUCUGGAUGAGGACCCGGAGACCCUGCGACUGGCCGCCUUCAAUGGCGACCUGAAGAUGUCCAAGUUCCGCAGCGUCUACUGGGCGCUGCUGCUGCGCGUACUCAACGCGGAGCACAGGAGCUGGCACACCCAGCGACAGCAGCAGCGCAGCAGAUACGACAAAUUCCGCGUGGACUAUGUGCGCAAUCCCCACGAGCUGGUAGUGCCCGACGACGAUCCCCUGUCGCAGUCCACGAAGAGCGUGUGGAAUCAGUACUUCAGUGACCAGGAGCUGUUCGCUGUCAUACGCCAGGAUGUGGUGCGCACCUUUCCCGGCGUUGACUUCUUCCGCAAGGAGCUGAUUCAGAAUGCAAUGGUCAACAUUCUGUUCUACUAUGCCAGGGAGCAUCCCUACAUGUGCUAUCGCCAGGGCAUGCACGAGAUACUGGCGCCCAUUAUCUUUGUGAUCUACAGCGAUCAUCAGUCGCUGCUGCACUUCAGCGAGAUUGCCAAGACUGACACAAACGAGACGCUGCUGAACGUCCUCGAUCCCGCGUAUCUGGAGGCGGACACAUACUCCAUUUUCUCGCGUCUCAUGGCCUCCGUGGAGUCGUACUAUCGCGUAUCGAAUCUUGUCUCCACACCUGGCGGCCACAUAGAGCAGCUGGACGAGGCCUGCAGCGAUACGGAGCAGCAGACCGAGGUGGAGGUUAUCAGCCAGCUGAAUCGCAUACGGGACAAAAUACUGGCCAAGCAGGACCAACACUUGCACCAUUAUCUGCUCAAAAUGGAGAUCCCGCUGCACAUAUUUGGCAUUCGCUGGCUACGCCUUCUGUUUGGACGUGAGUUCAUGCUGCUGGAUCUGCUGCUGCUCUGGGAUGCCAUUUUCGCGGACAGCGACCGCUUCGACUUGCCCAACUACAUUCUGGUGGCCAUGCUGGUGCACAUACGAGAUAAGCUGCUGCUGAGUGACUACACAACGACGCUGACUUAUCUCAUGCGAUACCCGGGCAACGUUGACGUUAAUUUGGUGCUGCGCCAUGCGCUCUUCAUGCUCAACCCCAAGCAGUUCGAUUACCCAGCGAAUGCCUUCACGUGUGUCUCCUUUGCCAACAGUCUUCCAGCCGCAUCCUCAACGUCUGGGACAGCCCCGCCGCAACGGCUCCGCACCAACUCAGAAACGUCGUCGAGUGGCAGUCAAAUCGAUCGACAAAUCACCUACAUGCAGGAGCGCAAUGCGGCCGAUUCCUCGGCUCUGGCCAAGCUGCAGGAUGCCCAUCGUGUGGCCAUGGAUGGCUAUCUGGAAAAUAGUCCUGAGCUGCUGCGUCUGGAGCUGAAGAAUGCCCAAACUGUCAUCAAAAUCGCUCGCAGCAAGCUGCAAAAUUACCUGCGAACUGUGCGCCAGCAUGUGGCGCCCAGGCAGUGCAACGAGGAGCUCAGCCGCACGCUGGAUGGCAUUGAGGAGCUGUGCAGUUUCCUCGACGUGAAGUUCAUGUUUCCGUUGCACACGCGCUCGGCGCCCAUCGAUGAGGCACUGGAGGCUAACGAGCAAAAGCAGCUAAACCGGAGUGGAGCCAAGGCAAAACAGGAAGCAAACAGAGCCACGCCAUCGCCCUCAUACACUCCCACGCCUGCGGCAGCCGUCUCCAGUGGCUAUGAGCUGCCCGAGAACGCGUUCAUGCACAGCUCGAUGCGUCGUCUGUUGGGCGAACUGCGCGAAAUUGAGUUGUCCACGAUAACGAGCGACGAGAAGCCGGGUGCAGUUGUCCAGAAUGGUCUGCCGGCGGCCGAGCCGCAGCAGCCGCACCACCACACCCCCAUCAAUGAUCUGCGCUGAAAGCAGCAACCCAUCGACUGAACAAGAACCUAAUUAGGAUGAAACAACAACCACGAAGUGGCUGUGCUGAACUGUACUCUUGGAGAAAUAAAACGAAAUGAUUUUGAAGUGCUUAAAAAA